AGAAGUCAAAUUUCGGGUGAAAGUCACUAGAUAGAGUGAAAUAUAGUAUAAGCAUUAUUUGCGAGGGCUUUUCCAGGUUAAGGCAAAAGGGAAUACCACUUUCACACAGCUUCUCCACUAUACUUGCAAAGAAAUAUCCAAAUACAGUAGCUGCAGACAGUGGCAGCAGAUGAAGUACGCCUGCUGAGAGAGAUCUUCACUUUCUGCCACAGAAUAUAUAUGAAGCUGAGAUUCAAUAUGGAUCACUCUACUCAUCAGUUUUGAAGUCCAAAGAAGUAUAUGAGCCUCUUAAUUGUAAACAUUUUGGAAGAACAAGACCAAGAGGUUCCAUGGAAGGAAACUUUCUGACAAGAAACAGGUUUGGGUUUGAGGAGCAUUCAUGGCCUACUAGAAACUAUGCUUGUAGCUUUUGCAAGAGAGAGUUCAAGUCUGCUCAAGCUUUGGGUGGUCACAUGAAUGUUCACAGAAGGGAUAGGGCAAGAUUGAGAUCUUGCUUACCCCCGUCAUCAUGGGUUUCUGAGUGUCCUAAUAAACCUAACUCCAUUAAGCCUAAUCCAACUCAUCUUUCACCUUCAUCUCCAUCAUCAUUAUGUCUAUCUAAUAACCUUUUGAAUUGUGCUCAUACUUUUCCACUUUAUAGCCCUUCUUUGACUUUGUCAUCUUCACUGACUCCAGCUUCUCCCAAUGGAGACAAUAAACCAAGAAGAGUAUCUCCGGAUCCACAUCUUCUUCCUCUUUUGAUUCCUCAAAGCAGUGAGGAAAUUAAGAUGAAUAAGAAUAAAGUAAGUGGUUUAGGAGUUGAAGAAGUACAGGGUUGUGCAAUAGGGGAGAAACUCAAGGUUUUCAAGACUAGUACUAGUGAGCAUAACAUCAAGCUGGAGUUGGGAAUAGGGUUGCUUAAACAACCAGAGAUGUUAGAUUUGGAGCUACGAUUGGGGCACAGCUAGCUUGGUGCAAAUAUCUGUUGAUUUUGCAAGUCUGAAACUUCAAAUUUGAUUUAACUUGUUGCACUAGUAAUUUGUUAGCCCAAUAUUGAAGCUGUUUAUUAUUCUAUUUUGUAUUUGAAGUACCUUAUAUUUUGUGAAAUCUUCUAAUUUGGUUACAUUUUAAAGGUUGCAAUUAA